AAAUAAAUCAACACAACCUAGUGAACCUACAUUAUUAAUUUUAUUUGUUACGUACUUAUAACUUAUAAGUCGGUGGUUGUCCAAUUGUCAGCAGUUAUUAGUUAAUUUGUUACCGAAAAUUUUUAUCUGGAAACCGAGAUCUGCUGAUUAGGAAUUCGAAUUUUUCAAUGAUCCCGCAUUUUUCACUGUAAAUCAGUAAAUGUGACCUGCUGUAGUUUCUGUUUCGUUAGCAGAUGAUGCUCUUGAACACCAAUCUUAACCUCAAACCGAGGUACCACUUCGACCAAGAUAAUUAUGUUUUAGAACCAAAUCAUGUUCGACAUCAAGCGAGGGCUAAUGAUAAUGACCCCUCAUUUUUUUUCUUAUUAUUAGGAUGAGAUUCGCAAGCUAGUUGCAAAUUGCAGCGAGAAAUAGCGUCAACUGGACGUGGAGGCGAAUUCCUGUCCGUGAAAUGUAUUUCCCAAGUGGACUGGCUAAAGUUAUCAGCACUCUCCCUCAAGAGGAGGAUGACCAGUUUCAGUACAUUUGCUGCAAUCGCGAGAGGAUAUUCUGCUUGAUUCUCAGAAAAUACUCCAUAGCAAUAUGGCAGCUGCGGCCGCUUGUCCAGUUAACUGCCUACAGAAGAUCGGAGAUGUCCAUACGAAAUUUGGGACAUAAUGUCAGCGCGCUCUGGAAGCCUGACUCAUCGGCCAUCGUCGUACAAACGGUGGAGAUGGGAUUAGUUUUUUUCGAAAUCGAUGCCGAUAUGUCCGAUAAUGGAAGUUAUCAGCUGGAGGAUGUGAAAAACUCGAAACGGGUUUCCGAUGAGUUAUACGUAAAGGAGAUGAUCCCUUAUAUCUCGGUCGCGCUUACCGCCAGUAUACUUGUAUCCGGGAAGAUUACGAGUUUGGAAUCUCUGCGCGAUCAUGUGCUUGUGUCCACAUCCGAUGGGUUUAUUCAGCGCAUUCAGUGGGAUGGAUCUGUCAGUGAAAAAAUGACAUUAGUAGUGGAUAGAAUUCCAUUUUCCGUCGAUUUUCCGCAAUCGAAAAAAUCUUAUCUGCCACGCAGCUCCGUUCAUGUGGUUGAUAUGGAUUAUUCUUUCCUGUUGGGGGGAUUUUCCGUCGUGUUUUCAAACGGCCGCGGAGCUUUGCUAACAUCUACCCAUUCCGAUUUUAUUCCGGAUUCUGUGUAUUGCGUAUGGGUGCCAUCUGAGUCGACAUCCUUUACAUGCACCGCAGUCAACCACAAAUAUCGACUCAUGGCUUUUGGUUGCGAAAAUGCACAAGGAGCAUUAUACAGUAUCGAAGAUCAAACGGAAGGCAUUCAGCUGACACACAGACUGCAGCUGCUGGACAAAGACUGUCCGGAUAUGGUGGGCGCGUGUGGCCCCGUCGUUGACAUGAACUGGACGCCCGAUGGCUGCGCUCUGGCCGUCAUCUGGAAGAACGGUGGAUUUUCAAUAUGGAGUGUAUUUGGAGCACUCAUGACGUUCUGCUUAUCCGUUGCUCAUGAAGGUUUAUCCCGGACAAUCAAAGCUCUGGACUGGGGCACCGAAGGUUAUUCCCUGUGGCUAAUGGAUCCUAAAAUCGUUUUUACAUACAGCUUUUUGAAGAGCGCCCUUGCGAUGAACAAUUGUUCUACAAACCGAAUGUACGUAUUGCUGCAAGGAGAGCAGUGUCUGUAUUUGAACACGGGAGACCGUGUGGUUUCUCCACCCCAUGGAGCAGUUGUGAGUUCCGGUGAUUCCAGCUAUAAACUCUUCAGCAAUAAAGCAUGGACUAUUAUACAAUUGGCAUAUCGUUACCUCGCUACGAAUUGUCCUUUGCGCUACGCUGUUGUGGACGCAGAUGCCGAAGCCAUUGCGGUAGCGGGACGGUUCGGCUUAGCCCAUUACUCCGUUUCUAGCCGGAAGUGGAAAACGUUUGCCAACGAUACUGCUGAGCAGCUGUUUGUUGUCACGGGGGGAUUGGUGUGGUGGAAAGAUUUUAUUGUUUGUGGAUGUUACAACACAAAAACGGAAAGCGAUGAGGUGCGGUUUUAUCCAAAAGGGAAACAACUGGAUCACAACUCGGCUGUUGUUUGGAAAUCCCAGGCUUCAGUUAUUUCAUUGAAUAUUUUUCGGGAUAUACUGAUUAUAUUUUCCGGUGAUUGGAUGCUGACUUUGUGCAGUUUGGAAAGAAAACAAGCUGACACUCCAAGCGUUUUGAUUCGGAUCUUGCAAAUUAUCUCUGUGGAAAAUAUAGCUCCUCAUCCACAUUGCGUCGUAUCUGUUGACUUAACACCUUUACGCACCGAAGCCGGACAAAGGAAGCACCCGGGAACACGGGAAGCUGAAAGCCUCUUGAUAAAUGUUUGCGGACGUUUAUGGAUAAUUCAACGAGAGCCAGAUCUUAAAGCCGAUAUGAAAACUGAAUCCCGGGAUUCGGUGAAUAAUAUCAUUACCCCAAUGUUACUAUCGUCGUGUGUGGAAAUGCUCUGGGUUUAUCCGGGUUUAACUCCAUCCAGAGAGAAGCCACAAUUAAGCGAAGCACUUUGGAUGUUCUGCGGAGCACAUGGAAUGAAGGUCUGGGUUCCUUUGUUUUCCAAAGAAGUCAAUAAGAGGACAGCCUUUCACUCACGCAGAAUCAUGCUACCGAAUCGAUUGAAAAUUUUGCCGCUGUGUGUGUUAUUUGACGAAGCUAUGGUACAUGGAGCGGAAAGCGACUUCAUGUUUGACUCUUGUUCAGUCGAUGGAAAAAGCAUAUCUUUACCGGCUUUCACAGUUCAGAGGACGAGUGAAGUAUAUUUGCCACAAGUUUUAAGGCAGCUUCUCCGCAAAAAUUUGGGUGCUCAUGCCUUGGAUAUAGCUCAGACAUGUACAAAAUUACCGUACUUCAACCAUUCAUUGGAAUUACUUUUGCAUCAAGUGCUGGAAGAGGAGGGCACGUGUUCCGAACCUAUACCUGAUCCUUUGCUGCCGAGUGUGGUGGCGUUUGUGCAAGAGUUUCCGGUCUUUCUGCAAACUAUCGCUCACUGUGCGCGGAAAUCAGACAUUGCCCUUUGGCCUCAAUUGUUUGCGGAAGCUGGAGAGCCCCUUGAUCUGUUUCGGGAGUGCCUGGAUUCCAAUCAGUUGAAUAUUGCCGCUUCAUUCUUGAUAAUUUUGAAUAAUACGUUGAGCGUCUCUUCAGUUAAAAAACAGGCUUUGAUCCUCCACGAUAGAGCUAAAGCGGAUGACGACAGCAGUUUAGUACAUGAGACGGUGCGAUUUCUUCGGGCAUUGGAUCUUGAGGAGCAAGAGGGUCAGCGGAAGACUCCAGAGAAUUUAAAUUCCAGCAAGUCGCCAACCGGUUUACAGCAUAGUGUGUCCGUGGGAGAAGGGUCGGACUAUGCAUCGCCUCUGUCACCGCAAGGCACAUCGACAUUCAAAUACGGGCCGACGGUGCGGACCAGAACCACCUCGGAAUCGGUUCAGAAAGCUGCAAAUCUGAAGCGAACAAGUAGCGCACCCUUUGCCCGGGAUGAUAUUAUGCGAUCAGUGUCAUUGCUGUCCAGCCAGACGAAUGGAACAUCCGCUGAGAACGGCUCGAUGGCUGAUGUGGGAGAAAAAGUAGACCCUGCUAAUCCGUCCAGUUCAGUGAAUUAUAUGCAUAUUCCUGUUUCUUCUUCGACACCGUCCAUGGUUUCCAAGCAGAAAUGGAAUCGACGCCGUUUCCCAGGCUACGCUCAAGCGAAACUUGAUGGUCCACAGAAUGCUUGAUGUGUUUUUAAGUUUGUAUUUCCGGUGAUUGCCUCGUUUUAUUUGUGAGCCAUUAUGACUCGUAUCAAUGUGUGUGUAUUAUAGUGUUUGGCUGAUCAGUAAUUUUAUUUUCAUCUUGGUGCUCCUGAAUGAUCAUCGGCUACAAAUUGAUAGUUAUUUUCAAUAAAGAGUACGAAUUA